UGUAUAACCAAGUACCUUUGGCUGUUAGAGCCAAUAUUCUCUCGUUCCCAGUCUCUGCCAGCUCUCUCUUUUCUCAAGUAAGAUGGAUAGCUACUACCAUGUCGAUAACGGUGAUGCUCAUUUGCCUCCUGGGUUUCGCUUUCACCCGACUGACGAGGAGCUCAUUACCUUCUACCUCCUCAAGAAGGUUCUGGACAACAGCUUCACAGGCAGAGCUAUUGCUGAAGUUGAUCUUAACAAGUGUGAGCCGUGGGAGCUUCCUGAGAAAGCGAAGAUGGGGGAGAAGGAGUGGUACUUCUUCAGCCUCCGAGACCGAAAGUACCCGACUGGCCUGCGCACUAAUAGGGCUACAGAGGCUGGAUACUGGAAGGCCACUGGAAAAGACAGGGAGAUUUACAGCUCCAAAACUUGCUGUCUCGUUGGUAUGAAGAAGACCCUAGUUUUUUACCGAGGCAGAGCUCCCAAAGGCGAGAAGAGCAACUGGGUGAUGCAUGAGUACCGCCUUGAAGGCAAAUUUGCUUAUCAUUACCUUUCACGCAGCUCCAAGGAUGAAUGGGUCAUCUCGCGUGUUUUCCAGAAGAGUCUCUCCUCGGGGACAGGCGGCUCCACCGUAUCCUCCGCCGGCGGCUCCAAGAAGACAAACGCAAGAAUGAGCUCUUCUGUUAACAUGAGCCUUUACCCUGCCAAUUCUCCGUCCUCCAUCUACCUUCCUCCCUUGCUUGACUCCUCGCCCUACACCGCCGCCAACGACCGUGAUAGCUGCUACGAUGGUAGCAGCACAACUCCGAGGGAGCACGUGUCCUGUUUCUCCACAUACUCUGCGUCCGCUGCCGCCAACAACCUCGCCAAUGUUAGCUAUGACCUCGCUCCUCCUCUGCCGCCGCCGCCACCGAUGACUCUGGAUCCAUUUGCUCGAUUCCAGAACAACGUUGGUGUUCCUGCCUUCCCGAGCCUGAGGUCACUGCAGGAGAAUCUUCAACUGCCUUUCUUGUCUCCGGCCAUAACUCAUGGUGGCUCCGGUGUUGACAUGAACGGAUGGACUAAGCCGGAGGAGGAGAGUGUGGCGAGUGGCGGUUCUGGCAUGGCGCUGUGCCCGUCGGAGCUUGAUUACGUGUGGGGAGGCUGCUAGCUUUUCUGUUUGACUUGUCUUUCUUAGAUGACCCAUAGGGGAUUAGACCUGAAAUCUAUGUUUCUAUUAUUGUGGGUUUGAUGUCUUGAGUCUUUCUAGAUUUUAGCGAGUUUUAAUGUACGUUAUUGCUAAGGAUUAUUUAGUGUUGUCAAUUUUAUCGGGGUUAUGAACCAGUUACAUUUAUUAUAAUAUAAAUUUGAAGCAAGGUUCCAUACUUCCACUCAUUGUAGUAUCAGUGCAGGAUCAUUUGGCAAC